AAGAAGACGACUAAAGACAAGUCCAAUGUUACCUACUAUAACUAUAGAAAGAAAGGGCACUACAAGCGAGAAUGCCGGAGCCCGAAGAAAGAAUGGAAACCAGCCCCUAGAAAGGAAAUUACGGCUAUCGACGAAAUUACUAAGGACGUCAUCGAAGUAGCGGCCACAAGCUACAAAGACAAGGGCAGUAAUAUAGAUAGUCUCAGACACGAUGGCAAUAGUAAAGACGAACAAGCACCGUACUCUGAACUGGUUACUAUAGAUCUAGAGAUAGGUCUUGCCGAAUGGGAUAUGGUAGGAGAAUAUGUACCGCUAGUUUCGAUUCUCCUAGCCUUGAGGCAGUAG